AUGCGGGCACACGACCUAAAGAUGAACCCUAAGAAAUGUGCUUUCGGCGUCACCGCCAGGAACUUUCUCGGUUUCUUGGUCCUCCAACGAGGGAUCGAGGUAGAUAAGAAUAAAGCCACGGCCAUUAUGACGGCACCCCCGCCGAGGACCAAAAAGGAACUCCAGUCUUUCCUCGCCGGAUCGGGAAGUGGACGAUGGCAUUUUCCGAAUUCACCUUCCAAUAUCUGUCCGAAUCCAAGCGUGCUGGUUGGACGCGGCCGGGUAGAUUUUGCCGAUGAUAUCCACGGCCCAUCUUCUGAACGGCCAUGGUUUAGUAACCGGGUGGAGGGCGUCAGCCGGUACCCUUUGUUGGAGGUUGAGAUCGGCAUGGCCCACAUGGCAUUGGCCGAUUUCUUGGCCCACCACCCGGCUCAUGGGCAAGAGGGGGAGUUGGAGGUUGAGAUCGGCAUGGCCCACAUGGAGAAGAACUACUGCACCAUGUACUUCGAUGGCUCCAGUACCGAGACCAGAUCUGGGGCCGGGGUCGUGAUCGAGUCCCCCCAAGGACAAAGGUGGCAAUUUGCGUUCCAGCUUGAUUUCAAAUGCACCAAUAAUCAGGCAGAAUAUGAAGUACUCAUCAUUGGUCUUGAAAUUCUAAAAGAAAUGAAGGCAACCUAUGUUCUGGUGUACGGUGAUUCUCAGCUGGUAAUUAACCAACUGACCGGGGAAUACCAGUGCACGAGAGAGAAUUUAACUUUGUAUUAUGUAAUGGCCCUCAAUACGGUAGACAAAUUUUCUAGGAUCUCCUUCGUUUACGUACCGCACGCCGAAAACCAUGAGGCCAAUGAGAUGGCCCAGGUAGAGUCAGGUGUGAACAUUCCGGACAGUGACCACGACCGCGUAAUAAGGAUCGAGAAGCGCACCCUGCUGGCUUUGGCCGAGCGAGGAAUGACGGCGCAAGUAUCAUCAGCCGAGAUUACCGACGAGGUCGAAGCGGCCGAAGCCGACUGGCUCUACCCCAUAGUAAAGUAUCUUCGCGAUCCCUCUGGCAACCAUGAAAGGACUACUCGUUUCCGAGCUCGGUGUUAUUUGAUUUAUCAGAACGAGCUGUAUCGAAAAGGAUCAGACGGUUUAUUGCUCUUAUGCCCCAGCGCCGAAGAUAUCAAGGUUAUCAUGGCCGAAUCCCACAAAGGGAUUUGCGGUGCUCACCAGUCCGGCAUUAAGAUGAGAUGGUUGGUCCGGAGGCACGGCUAUUAUUGGCCGACCAUUUUAAAGAACUGCAUAGAAUAUACGAAAGGGUGCAUCAUGUGUCAAAUCUACGGCCCCAUACAAAGGGUACCGGCUGACGCCCUCCACCCGGUUACUAAACCAUGGCCGUUCAGAAGAUGGGCCGUGGAUAUCAUCGGCAAAAUCUACCCGGCCGCGUCCAACCAGCACGCUUGGAUUUUGGUGGCAACUGACUAUUUCACUAAAUGGGUCGAGGCGGAGUCCUAUCGGUCCAUUUCUAGCACACAGGUGGUCAGAUUCUUCGAAAAUCACAUCGUCCACAGAUUCGGUAUACCCGAAACCAUCACGGUCGAUAACGGCCCAGUCUUCGAAUCAGCCAAAACUCGAGAAUACGCCGAGAGGAUAGGGAUCAAAUUGGUCCACUCGACACCCUACUACCCACAAUCUAACGGACAGGCCGAGGCGAGCAACAAGGUAAUCAAGGGCAUCCUCGAGAAAAUGAUUGAGGGAAAACCUAGGGCGUGGCACGACUUACUCCCUGAAGCCCUUUGGGCUUACCGAGUCUCAAAACGAUCGGCCACUGGCACCUCCCCUUAUGCCUUAACCUAUGGCCAUGACGCCAUCGUUCCGAUGGAGCUAAAGGUUCGGUCUCUUCGCGUGACCGAACGACCUGGGCAGGAAGAAAAGGACUAUGCGCAGGCCAUGGCUCAUGAGUUAGAAGACUUGGAACAAUCCAGACUCGACGCUUAUAACCUAAUGCAGGCACAAAAGCAGAUCGCGGCGAGGUCCUACAAUAGGAAGGUGAAGCAAAAGACUUUCGCCGAAGGCGACUUGGUAUGGCGUGCCGUGCUUCCUAUCAGGACUAAGGACCCUUGGUUCGGCAAAUUCUCACCCAAUUGGGAAGGGCCGUUUAUUAUCGAACGGAUCCUUCGCCGAGGUGCAUUUCAAUUAAGAGAUAGGGAUAGGGAAUGUCACAACUUGCCAAUAAAUGGCCAGUAUUUGAAGAAAUAUACCCCGUCAUUUUGGGAGACGGCCAAGAAUGGGUUAUAA